CGGCCGGGGCGGGGUGUGCGCGGGGCGGGCUGCCGGGGGCCGCACUUCGCCGCGGGACAGCGGCGGGUGAGCCCCCGAGUCCGGCCCGGCCCGCUCCUGCCCCGGAGGGAAAAGCCUCCCGAGCGAGGAGCGCAGCUGCCUCGGGCGAGCCGUGCCCGGCCAGGAUGCUGCCUGCGGCCGGUCCCAGCCCCGGGCAGACCUGCGGGGCCGUGCUCGCCGCCGCCGUGCUCCUGCAGUCCGUCUGCGUGGCCGUCACCUUCCUCUACUUCACCAACGAGCUCAAACAGCUCCGGGACACAUACUCCAAGAGCGGCAUUGCUUGUCUCACCGGGGAGGAAAUCGGAAAUUUCAUCCAAAACUUGGAUCUAAUUGAAAGCGAAGACAGAGAAGCUGAUCCCUGCUGGCAAGUAAAGUGGCACCUGGGAAAGUUAAUUAAAAAGAUGAUGUCGAGAAGCUACGAGGAAAAGAUAUCUGCAGUCAACGCUGACAGAGCCCUGACGCUGUCGCACACCGAUGGGCAGCCACCGCGCAGUCCCAGCAACAGGAUCGCGGCGCAUCUGACGGGCAACAGCAAUAAGAGGAAUUCCCUGUCCCCACGCAUAGAUUCCUCGCCCAGAAGAGGGAACGGGCAAAAAAUAAACAACUGGGAAUCGUCAAGGAAAGGUCACUCUUUCCUGUACAACGUGGAGCUGAGAAACGGCGAGUUAGUGAUACCCCAGACCGGGUUUUAUUACAUCUACUCACAAACUUAUUUUCGUUUCCGCGAAAACGAGAACGAGGAUUCAGAUUUGUUGGCGCAAAUCAGGAACCCCAAACAGCUUGUCCAGUAUGUUUACAAACUGACUAAUUACCCAGAGCCCAUUUUGCUCAUGAAAAGCGCAAGAACAAGCUGCUGGUCUAAAAAGGCAGAAUAUGGACUUUACUCCAUCUACCAAGGUGGUGUCUUUCAACUGAAAAGCGAGGACAGGAUUUUUGUCUCUGUCAGUAAUGGUGACAUAGUUGACAUGGACAAAGAAGCCAGUUUUUUUGGAGCCUUUAUGAUCGGUUAAAAGAUGAAAAUCGUGCUCCAAAAGGAGCCAGUUUUCCUAGUCAGGACCAGCUUAAAAUUCUAUAAAACAGGGAUAAUAAGCAAACACUGUAGCAGCACAGACAAUACCUGACUCCCCUUUCUCAGCUCACUCAGCGCGAGGUCCGACCGUGCCGGAUACUCUCCCGCCAGUGGGGAAGGGGCAGCAGCAGCUGGCUGCAGCUGGGGACAGCGAUGCUUUGUGCAGGCACGGGCACUGCGGCUCGCUGCCCAGCCGGGCUUGGGACGCACGAGGAUUUCACACGCCACAGACGAUACCUUUGGCAGAACCCCAGGCAGGUAAGCGCUCGCCACCACCUCCGCAGAGAUGCUCCACGCCAGCUCAGCUGUGGCAGGUAGGAUGAAGGAUGCUCCGGGUCCGGUUACCUGAGGCUGAGACGGACAUCAGAUUUUAUUCGUGGUCUCCACUGGGACCCCGUCCUGAAGAUCUCAGCUCCUAUAAGGAGCCUUUGCAAGUACUGCUUCCGAGAUGCAGCUUGCAAUUAUUCUGGAAGCUUUUGUUUGAACCUGAGCUUUACAAAAGUUGAAAGGCCAUCAGCAACUCAAACUGCACAUCUUCAUCUCAUCUCACAAAACACUGAAACACCUAAUUAAUUUUAAGCACACGAACGGUCUGACUAAACCAGGGUAUUUACAUGACUGAAAUUAAACACGUACUUAAGCAUUUUUCAGAUCGUGGCUUGAGUAAACACAUUAGUCUGUCUUAAUCAGGAUAUUGUACAUAAAAACAGCUGCUGAAAUGGCACAGAAGAGGUUUUGAAAUCAAUCAGUAUUUUGAUCAGCACAUUAUGAUAGUGCCUAUUUCCUUAAUUGCUGUGCUGCAAAGAUUUCACCAGGCUUCCAAUAGGUUCAGUAAUGUAGUUGCUGUUAUAUUUGUUGACAGCAAGUACUUGAUCCAAAAAAAGGUUUGUGGGUUUUUUUUUUUUAAAUACUGAAUUCUAUUAGACAUUUGCUGCAAAUUAAGCAUGACAUGGUUCUUCCAUGUUUAUUUGUACUGGCCUGUAUUUGGUAGGAUGUAAUGCAGAAUAACACCCCCCGAUGACUAAUAUUUUAAGGAAAACAGACAACUAUCCGUACUUAAACAAGAGCUGCAUAUUUACGUAAUGCUGUUUUGAUUUUAUUUUAUUUUUAGGAAUGGUUUGAAAAUUUUCUUUUUUUUUUUUUAAACAGUAAUUUUUUUAAAAAAGGUGACCACUAUUUUUUUUAACUCAACGAGUAGGACUAUUUUAUAUUAAAAAAAAAAAAAAGAAAAAAAAAUUUGCAAGUGUAAACUGUGUGGGUUAGAUCCACAGCAAAAGUCAGGUAGCAUAAAUCAGCACAUCCACAGCAUCGUCAGUGGAGCAAUACCAGUUUACAUCAUGAAUGCAUUUUGCCCAGGUUCAGGGGAAACAGGGAAAAGAAGGUGAAAGUGAAAAAAAAUUGGAGGGAAAGGAAGACAGUUGUUCCACAAAUGUUACUUUACAUCAACAGAAUGAUGCCAGGAGAAAGUCUGGUUAUCUGGGGUUUUUUUUAAGACACUAAGGUUGCCGUGGGAACCCUCACAUUCACCUCCCCAUUCUGGUAAUUAAAUCACUGUACAGCCCUUGCAUAUGGGCUUCGUGAAUAAACACUCAUCGUUCGUCUUACUACUUUGUCAACAAGAGGAAAUGAAUAGACACAAGCCCCUGCAUUUAUUGUGUCAUUCAGAAAAGCAGGUACGUUGCUUCACUUAAAUACCUGCCUUCGGUUGGAUCGCUUAAAUACAUGCAUUCAAGCAGCAAGAGAAUUAUUUCAAGAAUAUCCUUCUUUUGACAGGUUAGGGCAAAGAAACACACUGCCAUAAGCCUAAAAUGAUAAGUUUCAACUUUUGCCAGCUGUUUUAACAUAGUGUUUUCAGUGCUAGUCAAAUAUGUGAAAUUCUGCGUCGUUUACUGGAACCCUUCGGUUUGUCUCGUUCCCAAAUCAUCUGUUUCAACAGAGAACAGAAAAUAUUUCUACAGUUUUCUUUCAGAUUUCACUAUUUAAUUCAGAAAUUUUCUGCCUGCCAGAAAAGGCGAGGGGGAAAAAGCCAUUCCCUGCAUAUCUGGAUGUCUGCUAUAUUGGAGAAAUGACUUCUGUAGGUUCUCCGUGCAAAUGGAGCGGGCUUUUCGAUCUCGGCACAGGACUGACCCAUGUUAUCAGGUCUGAGGGGGUUUUCUAAGCAAUAUUUUAUAUUCAAAAGUUAAUUUUUUAUUUUUUUUUGAAAUGUUAUUUUAGGAGCCUGUUUGAAAGAAAAUGUAUUUGAACUGUGAAAAAGUAUUUUGGAUUUACUGCUGGCAGCUUAGAGUUCGAAACUUUCCCUGUAGCUAAGAACCAAUUUAUGUAACGUAGGAGUCGUGGCUGCUAGAAAGGACUGGAAGGAAACCGUGGGGGACUCCACAAACUUGCAGCUCAUGCUAAGACAAACUAUCUAUUACACACAGACUUUUGUUGCUCUGUGUUCUCUCGUCAAUUCUCAAUAUAUAACACCAUGCCCGCUGUCGCCUGGGGACUGCUCCCUGGCAUUACCUUCGUUUUUUAUCUAAAUGUACAUGUUCUUGGUCUCUGCAUACAGAGCAUACUGCAACAGGGAUCACACCGCAUGAUCGUAUUUUAUUUCUGAAUAAUCCAAAGGCAUGCUUGCCAGAUACUCUCUUGGGGGAGAUUAUCAAGCAAUAUCAGGACACGUUUGAAGAUGAAUGGAAGGAUGUAGCAACUUCUGUUUGUACAUUUGCACGCCGAAUCAUACUUUUCAUCUCACUUUCUGUGGAAUGGCGAAUGUAGCAAAUUUUUAUUUGUGGAUGUAGGUUGCUCUGACAUGUAAAUAUUGUCAUUUUUCUACAUGUAUUUUCUAUAAAACAUUUUUAGUAAAUAGU